UCUCAUGUUUCUAGGAUACACUCCGGGAAGGUAGACCCAAGGGUUGUUGAUGUUGUUCUCACCACCCUCGAUCAGGGCAACUGUGAGGUUUUGGUCGUCGAGGUUUGCGAGUCUGCCCGCAAUGCAGCAGCCGGUGGAACCUCCACCAACAACAAUGAUAUCGAAUUCGUCAGGAAUGGCCAUUUUGUUUUUGUACUUUAGAUUGAUGUCACCACCGUGCACUGGCAGCAGUAUUUAUAGAUGGACCGUGUGGGGACGGUUGGGUACACUUAGCGGCAGCGCUGACCCCAUCUGUGAUCAAGUAGGGCAAAAACUGGGGAUGUCGGAGUCACUGCACGGUAGCAUAAGAAUUUACUUUCUGGCCGGUUCACCCGCAUUUGCACUGUGGAGAAACAGCCUGUCCGACACCCCACCAGUUGCCACAUCGGCCCUCUGCUGCUCUGGUGAUUUUCUGGUAGCAGGCACAGACAGCAGUGGGUAGCGCCGUCCGGUUAGGCAAGGUCACGUUGUAGGCUACGCCAGCAAACAGAGCCUCACAUGACACCAUCCAGCUGCGUCCUCGAAGCGAAAAGUUCGGUUGCGGCUGCAGAACCCCCUCAGUUGCCAGAUUCACAAGUUUUACGCGACGGCUAAAGCGAGUGGGUUUUAAAAACUUGCGGUGCAAGGAUGCAUGCGGCAACAAUUAAUUGGUGCAUCCAGCACAGCAAGCCCAGUCUCGAGAUGUCCAGUCGCUACAGAGUGGAGUACGCACUCAAGGAACACCGUCGAGAUGGCCUCAUAGAAUGGAUCAAGGGCCUGCUGGCCACGCCGUUCGUCCUGUACGCGGUGAAGAGCAACGGCAUCUCUGCAGUGGACGACCUCAUGGUAAACUCUGAGGCAAAACGCCGCUACGCGGAAAUCUUCCACGACCUUGAACUCCUCAUCGACGACAACAUUGAAAUGACCAAAGCCGGCACCCCCGAAUUGUCUCGGCUCGUGCAGCUGGUUCCGAGCGUUGGCAACUUCUUCACGAGACUGCCUCUGGAAAAGGCCUUCUACAUCGAGGACGAGCGCCGCGCCAUCAGCAAACGCCGGCUUGUGGCCCCCUCGUUCAACGACGUCCGGCUCAUUCUCAACACGGCCCAGCUGUUGGAGAUGUCGCGGUUCUUCCAUUCCAAAACCAUCCGAGAUCGCAAGCUGCAGCUCAUUACAUUCGAUGGUGACAUCACACUGUACGACGACGGCAAAAAUUUCGAUGCCGAGUCGCCCAUCCUGCCCCACCUCAUCAAACUAAUGGCCAAGGACCUCUAUGUGGGUAUCGUCACCGCGGCCGGCUACAGCGACGCGAACAAGUACUACGAGCGCCUCAAGGGCCUCAUCGACGCCGUCCAGACGUCCCCGCUGCUCACAGGCCACCAGAAAGAGAACCUGUUCAUUAUGGGCGGCGAGGCAAACUACCUCUUCCGGUACAGUAACGAGGAGCAGAAAUUACGCUUCUACUCCAAAGACAGAUGGCUGCUCGAGAACAUGCUGAAUUGGUCCGAGGAGGACAUUCAUCUGACACUGGACUUUGCGCAGGACGUUCUAAACGACCUCGUUCACAAACUGGGCUCGCCAGCCACCGUGGUCCGCAAGGAGCGUGCCGUCGGCCUGGUUCCAUUACCGGGCCACAAGCUGAUCCGCGAGCAGCUCGAGGAGAUCGUUCUCCGCGUCGACAAGCGUCUCAAACAGUUUCCUCCCGCCAGGAAGAUCCGCUGGUGCGCUUUCAACGGCGGCUCAGACAUCUGGGUCGACAUUGGCGAUAAAGCGUACGGUGUGAGGGUGCUCCAAAAAUUUAUCAGUUCCAACGAUAAGAUCAACAUCAAGGCCGAGAACACGCUGCACGUCGGCGACCAGUUCAACUCGCUCGGUUCGAACGACUACGCAAGCCGCACAGCAGCAACCACAUGCUGGGUGUCUAGUCCGGACGAGACGAAGAACCUGCUCAUAGACUUGGUUAAGUACAUCGACGACUGGGCCACUUACUGAUUACGUCAGCACACGUCAUGGUGGUAAAUUGAUAGAGAUAAAAAAAAAGCUCAC